CAAAUGUCCCUGACUUCCUUGGUGGAUCGAGAGAACAUUUCGGAACAGCACACGGAGGAUGAAAGAGAGGAGGAACCAAAUGAGGACAACACAUCAACAGCCCCAGCAGAUGCCACAUUUCACAUUUCCUUGGGUUCCUUGAUUGAUCCAGAAGACAGACCUGUGAUUGAUCCAGAAGACAGACCUGUGGUGGAUCCAGAAGACAGACCUGUGAUUGAUCCAGAAGACAGACCUGUGGUGGAUCCAGAAGACAGACCUGUGGUGGAUCCAGAAGACAGACCUGUGAAUCAGCAAGAGGACCAGUCCUUUGUAGCGGACACAUCUUUUGCUGUUCCUGCUCCUGUAAACGAGGAUUCCAUUAGAGAAGAAAUCAUUGGUGACAUUCCAGAGGAGGAUGAGGCUGUGGUUGCUGAGUAUGCAGUGGUAGACGCAGGAACCAAACGGGGCAAGAGGAAACUGGUAGACAACCGUGGAUUCCAGUAUACUAUUAAGAAGCAGAGAGGAGAUGGCUCUAUCUACUGGAGAUGCAGCAAACGUGGGAAGGAGCAGCACUGUCCAGCCACAGUGAUUCAAAAAGGCGACACCUUCCAAGAAGGCCUUAAAAAUCACGUUCACCCUGCAGAGCCAGGAGUCCAUUUAGCCAUCAAAAUGAAAGCUGAGGUGAAGAAAAAGGCGGUGGAUAACAUAUUUACAGAGUCUGCACCCCGCAUUGUAGAAAAUGUCAUGAAUGCCGCUUCAGAUGUUGAUGCUCCCCCUGCCAGUCGUCCAAAGCCUGCCAACAUGACAAGGAUUGUCAACAGGGUUAGACAGAACCUGCGGCCUCAAGAUCCGAAGGAUUUAGAUUUUGAGCUUGACAUGGGCUUCCUGGAGCAUCAGAUGCCAGACUUCAGACAUGUUGAUGUCUAUGUUUCUGGCCGUCGACAUCUGCUGAUGUAUACGGACUACCAGCUGCAGCUCCUGGCUAAGGCCAAAACCUGGUAUCUGGACGCCACAUUCCGGGUUGUCAACAAACCUUGGUAUCAACUCUUCACCAUCCACUCCUUUAUCCGCAGUGGUGCUAACAUGAAGCAAAUCCCUCUGGCAUUUUGCUUCAUGUCUAGCAAAAGAAAGGCUGAUUAUUAUGAAGUUCUCAGGACAAUUGAUCAUCUCCUGCCAGACAACAUCAGUCUCCAUGGCUUUGUUGUUGAUUUUGAGGCAGCCAUUUGGAGGGCAGUGCAGGAGAGAUUUCCUGGAUAUGUUAUACAAGGCUGUGUGUUUCAUUGGACCCAGGCCGUGUACAGAAAGGCCCAAGAACUGGGUUUGCAGAGGGCUUACAACACAAGAGGAGAGGUGCACGAGUUUAUUCGUCAAGUGCUCGCCCUCCCUUUCUUGCCACCAGAGCACAAAGUCGAGACAUUCCACCAUUUAGAUCGGCAUGUACAGACGGACUUGCUCGAUUCCCUCAUGGAAUACGUGUGGCGCCAGUGGCUGAAUAACCCCACCUUCCCUGUUCGGAACUGGAGUGUGUUCAUGCUCGCCAUUCGCACCAACAAUAAUGUAGAGGGAUGGCACAACAGCAGAGUUGGUCAAAAAUGUCCUGUUCCCUUCUACUUGUUGCUGGUGGGAUUACACAAAGAGGCAAAACAGAUCCCCCUCCAAGCUAAGUUGAUCUCGGAAGGGAAGAUGGUGCUCAUCCAUAAGAAAAGGACAACAAAUAUAAACGGAAAGCUGUUUGCUGCAUGGAAGCAAUAUCCGGAGGGGGAAAUGACUAGCAGUCAGCUUUUGCGGCGUUGCGCCAAUGUGUAUGGACCCAGUGAUUAG